GGCCGUUUUAUGUCUUUGAAUAGCCGACUAUUAUUUCCAUAUAUUUUUCACUUAGCGAGCUAUUUUCAAACCCACCUUUAUAUUUGUUCAUUUCAUACUUCAUUUCACUUGCAAACAUAAAUUAUUAUAUUAAUACUGACACAUACCAGGCGAUAUCUUGUUUUAAUCCACACAAUAACUGUGCACUGAAUAAAGAUACAUUCAUGCAUAGAGCAAUUCUUGGCAGAAUGGGAAGGACCGGUCAGAACAUUCGGGCCAGCCCUUCGAGCAACAGUCAGCAAGCAUCAUCGUCUCGCACACAUCCAUACGCACUCCAUCAAAAUCAACAGCGCGACAGCAGAGUUGCCAGCUUACAUCCAUCUUUAAAUAUGCAGCAGACACCCAUUAGUAACGCAGCUUCAUUGUUUUUAGCAGCCUUAACAUCGACAGCACCGUCGUCAACAUCGGUGCCCACAUACUCUCUGCCUGCAGAGUCAAUAACACCAGCACCAGUUCCCGAAACCACGUCACAGACAUUAAAUAGCGACAUCAAUAGCGAGAGCUCGCAUUACAUGAGUGACGACUGGUCGCCAUUCAACAUGCCGGCAGUAAAGCAGUGUGUUUCCAGCGGGAUUCAACAGCAGCAGGAGCCUUUGCUGGGCCAGAUGGCGAGCACGCCCAUUUACACACCAAUGUACACACCCCCAUACCCCAUGAGUUGUGACCCACAGGAUGCCUUCGAAGGCUCAGAGCUGUUUACCAAAAAGACAUAUGCAGGAUACAGGUUUCCAUACGAGGACGUUACUGUACGCAUAAUGGAUAUUGACUCGGGCGAAUUCCUGAAGCAUUUCCUCAUCGGUGAAUAUCCUCAUGUACAAAAUUCUAAAUAUAUUUUGCAUUUUUAAUUUAAACUUUUCAAAUUACAUUUUCC